UAAAAAGAUAAAUUAGAAAACAGCCGAAAUUAUGUACCGUGUGGAUCUAUCCGUGGAGUCUGAUUAUAUUGUCGGCACCGCCUCGGAGACGGUCAAUGAGACGUACGUUAGCGAUGUCAGUAACAGUACUUACAUAUCCAGAAGAAAUGAAAGCCAAUAUGUUAUGGAGGACGACGAGUUUAUAUUCGACAGAACAGAUGUUAGGGCUAUAUUUAUCACGCUUUACACAAUCGUGUUCUGCUGCUGUUUCUUUGGAAACCUUCUCGUAAUUCUAGUGGUGACUCUCUCGAGACGACUGCGUUCUAUAACGAACUUCUUUCUGGCAAAUUUAGCGGUAGCUGAUUUAUGCGUUGGAGUUUUCUGCGUAUUUCAAAAUCUAACGAUAUAUCUUAUUCCCAGCUGGGUGUUCGGCGACUUUCUAUGCAAGAUGUAUCAGUUUGUGCAUUCGUUGAGUUACACGGCGUCGAUAUUUAUACUGGUGGUGAUUUGUACGGAGAGAUACUUCGCUAUCAUACACCCUAUAACGUGUAAACAGAUCCUGACGUCAACGAGGUUGAGGUUGGUGAUUUUGGGUGUUUGGGUAACCAGCGCAGCCUACAGUGCACCUAAGUUUAUAUGGGUAGAGACGAUCACAAAUGACUUAGGCGACGGCCACAUGGAGACAAUUUGCAUACAGCAUCGAAUGAAAUACAACUCUGAAAUAUUCGACAUGGUCAAUUUCGGUCUUCUCUACGUGACACCUCUCUGCGUGAUGACGGUUCUUUACACAAGAAUUGCAGUGGGCUUGUGGCAGAGUUCGCACGGACUCGGGCAGCUAGGACAGGGGAAAUGCUGUGCAACGCAGUGCCCACGCGUGGAUAAAUCGGCCGCUGCCAGCUGCGAAACCCAAAGAACUCUUGUGGGAGCUUCUGACACUAAGGGAAAAGUAUCGACACCACCAAGAAGUUCAAAACCCCAUGAAACCCGAAACUGUCAUCAUUUGAGCCACCUCUCCCGAAACGUGCUUCGCGCGCGCCGUGGUGUCGUCCGCAUGCUCAUUGUCGUCGUACUAACCUUUGCCAUAUGCAAUCUUCCGUUUCACGCGCGCAAGAUGUGGCAGUACUGGUCGAGUGGCUACCAGGGUACGAGUGACUUCAGCGCUCUCUUGACACCAUUAACCUUUCUGAUCACAUAUUUCAACUCUGGAAUCAAUCCGCUAUUGUACGCGUUUUUAUCUAAGAACUUUCGGAAGGGAAUGCGGGAACUCCUAUUCUGCAACUUUCCCGGGAAAAGGAAGAGUGAUAAUUUAAUACUAUUGAAUCGCGUCGGUGGAAUGGGAUUGCGAAGAAGCUCGACACGAUCCACACGCGCCAACUGCAGCACGGUCACGAUGGCUCCCAAUGGGGAAUCAUGAGGUUUACAUCGCCGCAGGUUUCUCUAUAAAAUCGAAAAUACGGACAUUUCCUGAUUAACGGAGAGUACCGAUGAGGUAACUAGUAGCAGCUAUUGUACGGUUUCAACGAUUUCUAGGCGAGAUUUGUACGAUUGAAUCUCCGUAAUGAGCCGUCUAAUUGUGAAUACCAAAAGGACUAUGUUGAAUUAGUGAUCUCAUGAGCUUAAAAUAGUACGUAAAUGUUGUAAUUGGAUAAA